AUGUCUACUAAUACCACUACCACUACAGCCAACAACCUACAAGUAGUAGACUCCUUAGCAUUAAGUGAAAUUUUCAAAGGAUUAACCUCAAAUUCAGAAGAAGAAAGGACAAGAUAUGCACAAGAAUUACAUACAUAUUUAUCAUCAAUUGCAAGAGAUUUAUCAACUGAACAGUUUAAUAGAUAUAAUAAUGAUAUAAAUAAAACAAUUUUUGAACUACUACAUCGAGAAAAGACUUCAGAAAUAUUAGGUGGUAUAGCUGCAUUAAAUGCAUUAAUUGAAUUUGAUUCUGGUGUAGGUAAAGAAAAUGCAAGUAAAACUGCAAGAUUCUCCAACUACUUGGGGUCAUUAAUUUUAUCUAAUGAUUUAGUAAUUAUGAAACAAGCAACUAGAACUUUAGGAAGACUAGCAACGUUAGGAGGAAAUUUAACUGGAGAUUUUGUUGAUUAUGAAGCUAAAAGAGCCAUUGAAUGGUUACAAAGUGAUAGUAGACAACAUGAAAAUAGAAGACAUGCUGCAAUUUUGAUCAUAACUGCAUUAGCAGAUUAUGCACCUACUUUAUUAUAUCCUUUAACCAAUCAAAUUUUUGAAAAUUUAUGGUCACCUUUAAGAGAUUAUAAACUUAUUAUUAGAAUAGAUGCAGCAACAGCUUUACAAAAAUGUAUGCAAAUUAUAUAUGAUAGAGAUCCAACUGCUAGACUGUUUUGGAUCAAAAGAAUGAUUGAACUGGCUUCAAAAUUACUUAAUGAAAAUCAAGACGUCAAUAAUGAUACAAAUAGUUCAUAUAAUUUAAUACCUUCUUCAUCUCAACUGAGUGAAAACAUUCACGGAUCAUUAUUAGUCUAUAAAGAAUUAUUAAAAUACUACAAAGAUCCAUUUAUAGUAUCAAGAUUUGAAAUAAUGUAUGAAAAUACAAUGCUAUAUAAACAUCAUAAAUUAGCAAUAGUAAGGCAGGAAUUAACUAAAAUUUUUCCAUUAUUAUGUAAAGUCAACACGGAAUUAUUCGUUGAAAAAUACUUGCAUAGAACUUUUUAUUAUUAUUUAUCACAGUUGAAAAAAUAUAAAAACCAACAUAACGAAACUGCAAAUCAAGACAAGAGUGUAAUAUUUAGAAGCAUCGGACUAAUAGCAAUAGAAGUGGGGAAUCAAACAGCAACUUAUUUAGAUGCGAUUCUAGAUAAUAUAAGAGAAGGUUUAGCUCGAAAUUUUGGAGUACAACUGUUUGAAGCAAAUGAAAAUGUUAUAACUUCAAACAUUGCAUCUUUAUCAACAAGUUCAAAGUACACAACCAGUAAAAAAGAAACAGAACCCGCAAUUUUCGAUUGUAUAGGAAAAUUAUCUAUAGCAGUUGGUCCAGCACUUACGAAGCAUUUACAAAGAGAUAUACUAGAUAUGAUGUUUGCCAAUUGUUCACUUUCAAAACCUAUGCAAGAUGUUCUACAAACUUUAACCAAAAAUAUACCCACUUUAACAACAUUAAUCAACGAAAAAUCACUCAAUCUACUAAGUUUAGUCUUAUCCGGUAAAGGAUUUCAACCACCUGGUUCACCAUACGGAAGUAUUAAAAUGAAAUCAAAUCUUGCAAAAGAUUGUAGAUUGAUAAUGAUAUCAAGAGAUACUGGAUUAAGUAUAAAUAAUAUACGAUCAGAUCAACAAAAAUAUGAAAAAUUAGAUAGCUCAAUAAUAGUUCAAGCAUUAGAAAUGUUGGCAGCUUUUAAAUUUGAUAAUUAUCAAUUAAAUGAAUUUGUGAGAUAUUGUACUAUAAAUUAUCUUGAAAGUAAUAAUUUGAAAGUUAGACUUACUGCAACUGUCACAUCAUGUGAAAUUUUUGUUAAAGAUCCUAUAUGUCAACAAGUUAGUGUAAAUGCAUUAAAUGCUGUAAAUGAAGUCUUGGGUAAAUUAUUAGCUAUAUCAAUAACUGAUCCUGCACCAGAAAUUAGAAUUGCGGGUCUUACGGUAUUAGCAAAUGCUGGUAAUUUUGAUCCUCAACUAUCGCAAGCAGAUAAUGUUAGACUACUAUUCAUUGCAUUAAAUGAUGAAGUAUUUGAAGUAAGAAAAGUUGCAAUAAAAAUAUUGGGAAGAUUGUCAUCAAUCAAUCCUGCAUACAUUGUACCGUCAUUAAGGAAAACAUUGAUUCAAUUAUUAGCAAAACUUGAUUAUUCAAUUUCAAGUAGGAAAAAAGAAGAAACUGCAAUAUUACUAUCCAUACUUAUCAGCAACUCAAAAGAAUUAACAAGACCUUAUGUUAAACCUAUUGUAGAAGCAUUAUUACCAAAAGCCAAAGAUGUAAGUUCAUCUGUUGCAUCAAGUGCAAUCAAAUGCCUAGGCGACUUAUCUGUUGUCGGAGGUGAAGAUCUAAAACCAUUCAUACCAAGUUUAAUGCCACUUAUACUAGAAACAUUCCAAGACCAAAGUUCUUCGUAUAAAAGAGACGCAGCUUUGAAAACUUUAGGCCAAUUAUCAUCAUCAUCAGGAUAUGUUAUACAACCAUUGUUAGACUACCCUCAAUUAUUAGGUAUGUUGGUAGCUAUAUUAAAAUCUGAUAAUUCAAUAGAAAUAAGAAGAGAAACUGUUAGAUUAUUAGGUAUACUAGGAGCCUUAGAUCCAUAUAAACAUAGAGAAGUAGAACAAAAUUCCAAAAACAUACCAGCAGAACAAAAUGCUCCACCUGUUGAUGUUGCCUUGCUAAUGCAAGGAAUGUCACCAUCAAAUGAAGAAUAUUACCCCACAGUUGCCAUCACAAAUUUAAUGAAAAUAUUAAAAGAUCCAUCAUUAAGUUUACAUCAUACAAAAGUCAUACAAGCUAUAAUGUAUAUUUUUCAAACUUUGGGUUUAAGAUGUGUUACUUUUUUACCACAGAUUAUACCUGGUAUUAUUAAUGUUAUACAUACUUGUCAACAGUCAAUGUUGAAAUUUUAUUUCCAACAAUUAGGUGAUAUCAUAUUAAUUGUCAAACAGCAUAUAAGACCAUUUUUAGAUGAGAUUUUUCAAGCUAUAAAAGAUUUCUUUUAUGUCAAUCAAUUAAAUAUUCAAGUUACUAUCAUUAAUGUUAUACAGUCAGUUUCCAAAGCCUUAGAUGGUGAAUUCAAAUUAUAUUUACCAGAUGUUCUUACAUUAUUAUUAGGUGUAUUUGAAGAAGACAAAUCGGUGAAAAGAGUUUCUUCAUUACAUGUACUUAAAAGUUUUGUUGUAUUUGGAAGUAAUAUUGAAGAAUUUGUUGAUAUUAUUGUACCCACUAUAGUGAAGAUGUUUGAAACUGGUCCAUUAGAAUUAAGAAAAGCUGCUAUUGAAACCAUUGGUAGAUUAUCACGUAAUGUGAUGCUUAAUGAUAUGGCAUCUAGAAUCAUACAUCCGUUGUUAAGAGUUAUGCAUACAGAAGAACUUCGAGAAUCAUGUAUUAAUACAUUAAAUUUUAUGUUAUUACAAUUAGGUUCAGAAUUUACCGUCUUCAUUCCAAUCAUCAAAAAAACUUUAAUACAACAAAAUAUAGUUGCACCAAAAUUUGAACAACUUGUUAGUAGAUUAUUAAAUGGGGAUCCAUUACCUUUGCAUGUAGAAGAAUAUGAAAAUGGUCAUUAUGACGCUGCAGAUUCAGAUAUGCCUUCCAAAAAACUUCCAGUAAAUCAAGCAGCUUUAAAAGCAGCAUGGGAUGCAAGUCAAAGACGUACGAAGGAAGAUUGGCAAGAAUGGAUUGGUAGAUUAAGUAAAGAGUUAUUAUUACAAAGUCCUUCUCAUGCCAUAAGAGCGUGUGCUGGUCUAGCUUCAGAUUAUUAUCCAUUAGCUAAAGAUUUAUUUAAUGCAAGUUUUGCAAGCUGUUGGAGUGAACUAUAUUCUCAACAUAAAGAAGAAUUGGUUCAAGCUUUUUGUAUAGCACUUUCAUCACCAACAAAUCCACCAGAAAUACAUCAAAUAUUAUUAAACUUAGCUGAAUUUAUGGAACAUGAUGAUAAAUCCUUACCAAUUGCUAUAAGUACAUUAGGCCAAUAUGCUCAAAGAUGUCAUGCAUUUGCAAAAGCACUUCACUAUAAAGAGUUAGAAUUUUAUGAAGAACCAACAACUCCAACUAUAGAAUCAUUAAUAAGUAUAAACAAUCAACUUCAACAAUCAGACGCAGCCAUUGGUAUUUUGAAACAUGCUCAACUACAUCAUGAUUUACAACUAAAAGAAACAUGGUAUGAAAAAUUACAUAGAUGGAAUGAUGCAUUGAAAGCUUAUAAUGAAAGAGAAAAAGUUGAACCUGAUAAUAUGGAAAUUACAAUGGGUAAAAUGAGAUGUUUCCAUGCAUUAGGAGAAUGGGAACAAUUAUCAGAAUUAGCUCGUAGUAAAUGGGAUAAUUCGUCAAGUGAUGUUAAAAGAAGUGUUGCUCCAUUAGCAGCAGCAGCGGCUUGGGGUCUAGGUCAAUGGGAUAGAAUGGAUUCUUGCAUAAAAGUUAUGAAAGCUGCAUCACCAGAUAAGGCCUUUUUCAAUGCUAUAUUGAGUUUACAUAGAAAUAAUUUUGAAGAUGCUUCUGAACAUAUCUUAAAAGCUAGAGAUCUUUUGGUUACGGAAAUAACAGCAUUGGUCAGCGAAAGUUACAACAGAGCCUAUGGUGUUGUUGUUAGAGUACAAAUGUUAGCUGAAUUAGAAGAAAUUAUUAAAUAUAAAUGUUUACCUCAAGGUUCAGAAAAGAGAGCAAUAAUGCGUAAGACAUGGAAUACAAGAUUACUUGGAUGUCAAAGAAACGUUGACAUAUGGCAAAGAAUGUUGAAAGUACGAGCAUUAGUUAUCAAGCCAAAACAAGAUAUGGACAUGUGGAUUAAAUUUGCAAACCUUUGUAGAAAAUCCGGCAGAUUAAAUUUAGCUGAAAAGUCAUUAAAUCUGUUAUUAGAAGAAGGAUCACCUGAAAAUCCUUCAAGAGCACCUCCUCAAGUUGUUUAUGCACAAUUGAAAUAUAUGUGGACAAAAGGUCAAAGACCAGAAGCAUUAAGACAUUUAGUUGAUUUUACAACAAGAAUGUCACAAGAUUUAGGUUUAAAUCCAAAUGACUUGAUAACUCAACCAUUACCAUCUGAAGGACCAGGUAUUCCAAAACAUGUUGAUGAAUAUACUAAAUUAUUAGCUAGAUGUUUUUUAAAACAAGGUGAAUGGCAAAUUGCGUUAAAUAAUAAUUGGAGGUCAGAAACUUCAGAGAUUAUUUUAGGUGCUUAUUUAUUAGCUACUCAUUUUGAUAAUAAAUGGUAUAAAGCAUGGCAUAAUUGGGCUUUAGCUAAUUUUGAAGUAAUCUCAUUAUACACAAGUCAAAAUCAAGGUGAAGAGAAAAAAUCCAAUGAUAUUGAUGGUACAAUUCAUAUUCAACAAACUAAUGUUAUACCUAUUGAGGCAGUUCAAAGACAUGUUAUACCAUCUAUCAAAGGUUUUUUCCACUCAAUUGCAUUAUCAAACUCAAAUUCACUUCAAGAUAUGUUAAGAUUAUUGACAUUAUGGUUUAAAUUUGGUGGUAUACCAGAAGCAGCAAAAGCUAUGAAUGAAGGUUUUAAUAUGGUCAAAAUUGAUACUUGGUUAGAAGUUGUACCACAAUUAAUUUCACGUAUUCAUCAACCAAAUGAAAUUGUUAGUAGAUCAUUAUUUGGUUUGUUAACGGACUUAGGUAAAGCUCAUCCUCAAGCAUUAGUAUAUCCAUUAGCUGUUGCCAUUACUUCAGAAUCGGCAAGUAGAAAGAAAGCAGCUCAAUCUAUAAUUGAAAAAAUGAGGUUUCAUUCUUCGGUAUUAGUUGAUCAAGCAGAAUUGGUCAGUAGAGAAUUAAUUAGAGUUGCUGUAUUAUGGCAUGAACAAUGGUAUGAAGGUUUAGAAGAUGCUUCCAGAUUGUUUUUUGGAGAACACAACACAGACAAAAUGUAUGAAGUAUUAGAACCAUUACAUCAAAUGUUACAAAGAGGGCCUGAAACAAUGAGAGAACAAGCAUUUGCUAAUGCAUUUGGUAGAGAAUUGGCUGAUGCUUUUGAAUGGGUCUUAAAUUUUAGACGUACUAAAGACAUUACCAAUUUAAAUCAAGCUUGGGAUAUUUAUUAUAAUGUUUUUAGAAGGAUUACAAGACAAUUACCACAAUUGGUCAGUCUUGAGUUACAAUUUGUUUCACCAAUGUUGGAAAAAGCUCAUGAUUUAGAAUUGGCUGUACCUGGUACUUAUGAAGCAGGUAAACCAGUAAUUAGAAUUAUUGGAUUUGAUCCUACUUUUUCGGUUAUAUCAUCGAAACAAAGGCCAAGGAAAUUGUCAUGUAGAGCAAGUAAUGGUAAAGUUUAUCAAUAUGUUUUAAAAGGUCAUGAAGAUAUUAGACAAGAUAAUUUAGUCAUGCAAUUAUUUGGUUUAGUUAAUACUCUAUUAGUCAAUGACCCAGAAUGUUUUAAAAGACAUUUAGAUAUACAGCAAUAUCCUGCUAUUCCCCUUUCUCCAAAAGUUGGUUUAUUAGGUUGGGUACCAAACUCAGAUACUUUCCAUAUGCUUAUAAAGGGAUACAGAGAAUCAAGAAGUAUUAUGUUGAAUAUUGAACAUAGAUUAUUAUUACAAAUGGCACCAGAUUAUGAUAUUUUAACAUUAUUACAAAAAGUCGAAGUAUUUACAAGUGCUUUAGACAAUACAAGAGGCCAAGAUUUAUAUAAAGUUCUAUGGUUGAAAUCUAAAUCUUCAGAAGCUUGGCUAGACAGAAGAACUACAUAUACCAGAUCAUUAGCCGUCAUGUCAAUGGUUGGUUACAUUUUGGGAUUAGGUGAUAGACAUCCAUCUAAUUUAAUGCUUGAUAGAAUUACUGGUAAAGUUGUACAUAUUGAUUUUGGUGAUUGUUUUGAAGCUGCUAUAUUACGAGAAAAAUAUCCAGAAAAAGUUCCAUUUAGAUUAACAAGAAUGUUAAAUUAUGCGAUGGAAGUUAGUGGAAUUGAAGGUUCAUUUAGGAUUACUUGUGAACAAGUAAUGAGAGUUUUAAGAGAUAACAAAGAAUCAUUAAUGGCUAUAUUAGAAGCAUUUGCUUAUGAUCCUUUAAUUAAUUGGGGUUUUGAUUUCCCAACUAAAACAUUAGCUGAAGCUACUGGUAUAAAAGUUCCACAAAUCAAUAUUGUUGAAUUAUUAAGGACUGGUCAAAUUGAUGAAGCUGAAGCUAAUAGAUUACAAAAGCAAAAUGAUUUAGAAAUUAGAAAUGCUAGAGCUGGAUUAGUCUUAAAAAGAAUUACUGAUAAAUUGACUGGUAAUGAUAUCAAGAGAUUAAAAGGUUUAGAUGUUCCUACACAAGUUGAUAAAUUAAUCCAACAAGCAACUAGUGUUGAAAAUCUAUGUCAACAUUAUAUUGGUUGGUGUUCCUUCUGGUAA